AUGGGCUUUGAGGGGUCGACGGUGACACCACAGAUACGGAAGCUGAUAUCGGAGCACCAUAUUGGCUCUAUACUGCUGACCGCCAAGAACCUCAAGUGUACGCCUACGCCCCCUUAUCGCAUGACAAGCAUGGCUGACAGGACUCCAGCCGCCGAGCAGACGACCCAGCUCUGCCUCGAACUCCAGCAGAUAGCCCACGAUGCAGGCCACCCGGUCCCCCUGGCCAUUGGCCUCGACCAGGAAAAUGGCGGCGUCAACAGCUUAUUCGACGAGAUCUACAUCCGCCAGUAUCCCUCGGCCAUGGGCCUUGCAGCGACCGGAUCCAAGGAGCUGGCCUACGAGGUUGCUAAAGCGACGGCAGAGGAAAUUGCCGCUUGCGGGAUCAAUCUGAUGAUGGGGCCAUGUCUGGAUGUACUAACGAAUGCUCGGAAUCAGCCAUUGGGCGUACGGACGUUUGGUGAUGACCCUCAGGAGGUUUCGGGGUAUGGUAUUGCGUUCAUGAAGGGGUUCAAAGAUGCGGGUCUGGCGACUAUGGGAAAGCACUUCCCUUCGUACGGAAGUCUGGAAUUUCUGGGGUCAGCGCUGGAUGUGCCCACGAUCACUGAGUCCUUGGAGAGCUUGAGUCUAAACGCCCUGGUUCCCUUUCGCAAUGGCAUUAGGGAAGGCCUUGAUGCGAUGAUGGUGGGCGGAUGCGCCAUGUCUUCCGCAGGGCUGAACGUCAUGCACGCCUGUCUGUCAGAGCAGGUCGUGAAUGACCUCCUUCGCAGCGACCUCCAAUUCGAAGGCGUAACUAUCUCAGACUGCCUAGAGAUGGAGGCACUCAGCCACAACAUCGGCGUGGGAGGCGGAACUGUGAUGGCAAUCAAUGCUGGUUGCGACAUUGUGCUGCUCUGCCGCUCAUUCCAGCAUCAGCAAGAAGCUAUCGAGGGCUUCAGGCUUGGGCUGGAGAAUACGAUGAUCACCAAGGAGCGGCUACAGACCUCACUGAAGCGGGUUUUGAAGCUGAAGGCCAAGUGCACGACGUGGGAGAGAGCGCUCAAUCCACCUGGACUCAGCCUGUUAUCGCAGCUUCAACCGUCACAUACGACGCUGUCGACGAAGGCGUACAACUCGUCCAUUACGGUGGUGAGGGACAAGAACCGCCUACUGCCACUGACGAACAUCAUGGAGCCUGAGGAUGAGCUGCUUCUGCUUACUCCACUGGUGAAACCUCUGGCAGCAUCCGCAGCAUCGCAAGCUCUGAGCGAGCAAGCCACCAAUGGCUCACCCGAACCGCAGAUUUGGGAGCGGAGUGCUUCCGUCAUGAGCGGCGAGCGAGUAUUCCGAGAGCUCGGAAGGUCUCUCGCCCGACAAAGAAGUGGCAGAGUGCUGCACACCUCAUACACCGCCAACGGCGUCCGGCCUCAGCACGAAAACCUGAUCAACCGGGCCAGCGCUAUCAUCAUCGUCACAGCAGAUGCGAAUCGCAACCUAUACCAACAUGGCUUCACGAAGCACGUCUCGAUGAUCUGCAAUAUGCAGUACUCGUCUGGCGGUGAGAAACGAGAGAAGCCGCUUGUAGUUGUGUCCGUGAGCUCGCCAUACGACUUCGCCAUGGACCAGAGCAUUGGGACAUACGUUUGCACUUACGACUUUACCGAGACCGCUCUGACAUCCCUGGUCAAGGUUCUAUACGGCGAGUUCACACCAGCCGGCGCAUUGCCGGGCACAAUCAGCCAAAGCCAAAAACUCUCCCAAUCAAAGCAACACUGGCUCGUCGAGACCUUCAACGAAGAGCGCGACUCCAACGGCCUCGACAACCUCAUCAAAUCCUGCAUCGAAAACAACACCCCCGGCCUGCACUCCGAGCUCUCCAGCGCCACCUCCAACUCCUUCCUCCUCCGCAACCCGGACGUCCUGGAAUCCCACUUCGUCGUCCGCAAUAGCAGCACCCAGGCCCUCUACGGCUUCUGCUCGACCUACUUCUUCAAAAUCACCGGCGUCGGCGUCAUUGGCGCCAUCUUCGUCGACCCGGGCAGGAGAAAACUUUCAAUAGGCCACUCCCUGCAUAACCGCGCCAUUCGCACUCUGUUACAGCGGGAGGGAGCCAAACGCUUCCAGCUCGGCUCCCGCCUUCCCAGCAUGUACCUCGGCAUCCCCACCGGCCACGGCGGCGAGCGCAAACGUUUACGCUCAUGGUUCGCGAACUUGGGCUGGAACACCGCCCUCUCCCGCUCCGUCUGUAGCAUGGUCGCGCGUAACCUCGCGACCUGGGCGCCGCCGGAGGGGAUGGCGAAGAGUCUCCAAUCUGCCGGCGCGGACUUUGAUUUGGUGUACGGCUGGGAUUACGCUGGUCCGGUGUUGGACCACAUCAAGACGAACAACCGACAAGGCCUCGCCGCCGUCUAUAAGAUGGCUCUCGCGGACCCUUCGGCGUGCGGGAUUAUAAGGGCGAAGCGACCAGAGGAUGGCGCGAUCUUGGGGACGGUGGUGUUGUAUAACAUGCACUCUCGGCUAGCGGAAUAUGUGCCUGCGAUGAAGGAUGUUGGCGAACUGGCGGGUGGCAUUUCAUCCCCCGUGAUCAGUCCGUCGGCAGGAGAGUUUUCCACAUUGUUGCAGGGGUUGAUUCUGCUAGGGGUGAGGCAGAUUAAGGGGCAGGGGUGUGGGGCUUGUGUGCUUGAUUAUCGCGAUGGGUUUUACGGUGCUGCAUACUUUCGAGGAGGUUUCGUGUGA